AGAAUAAGCAGAAGAAGAAGCGCAAGAUCCGCACCGGGUGACACUUUCCAUGUGGAUCCCUUUAAAGUGUUUCCGGUUGUAGGUAAAAUAAAAAUAAAAGACAGUUACGAUGACUUUAAGGCAACGUUUCAGGCAGUUUAUCAACGAUCGAUUAACCGACGCAGCCGAAGAGACGUUCACGGUCUUUAAGGAAACUCUCGUCCACUACGAGGAGGAGAUCGAACGGCAGCGGAAACUGUUGGAUAUCGUCACGAAACCAGGAAUAAAGUCACAAAGUAAAGAUGUCCCGCACCAACUUCACCAUAAGGAGGAGGAGGAGGAGGAGGAAGAGGAGGAGGUUCUUGUCGACGAGCAGCCCUGUAACCAGGAGAGGAACUCCAGUCUGGAGCAGGGGGAACCAGAGCCUCCACGGAUUAAAGAGGAACAGCAGGAACUCUGCACAAAUCAGAAGGAGGAGCAGAUUGAAGUAAAGGAGGAGGUUAAUAUUCUUAUGGUGGGUCCUGCUUAUGAUGAAAGUGACCACGGUGACUUUCCUGUAGCUCAGAACCAGCACCAGGAGCAAUUAGACUCAGGAUCGGGCACUAAUGUGGAGUUGGAGCGCGUCUCGCCCGCAUCAGAGGCUCAGUGUAACACAGAUGAAAAGUCUAUAACAUGUAAAGUGUGUGGGAAAGUUUAUAAGUAUCAGUCUGACCUCAUUAUACAUCAGAGAGUCCACACCGGCGAGAGGCCGCAUUCCUGCAAGAUAUGCGGGGAAAGUUUCGGGCGAAGCAAUAAUUUAAACAUCCACAUGAGAAGGCACACGGGUGAGAGGCCGUACCCCUGCAAAAUAUGCGGCAAGAGUUUCAGUCAAAACGCUAAUUUGGUUUGCCACAUGCGAACCCAUACGGGGGAGAGGCCGUAUUCUUGCGAGACGUGCGGGAAAAGUUUCAGCGUGAACGACCAUUUAAACAUGCACAUGCGGAUGCACACGGGCGAGAAGCCGUACAUCUGUGAAACAUGCGGGAAAACCUUCAGCCGACAGUCCCAUCUGAUCAGCCACACGAGGAUUCAUACGGACGAGAAACCGUAUUCCUGCAAAACAUGCGGAGAAGGUUUCAGGCGGAGCACUUAUUUAAGAACCCACAUGAGAACGCACACGAGAGGCCGCGUACUCCUGCAAAGUGUGCGGGAAAAGUUGCAACCAGCUUCAACUUUGUUGUAGAAAAUGUUUAACAAAUAAACUUUUUGUCUCUCUCUUUCCAAGUGUAUUUUAUUCAAAAAGUGUUGUUCUCCAUCAAAUA